AUGGAUAAAGCAAAAGAGGUAUGGAAUCAUUUAAGAAAGAGGUUUUACCAACGAGAUCCACAUCGGAUUUUCUCCUUCCAAACUGAAAUUUAUGCUUUGAAACAAGGCAACAUGACUGUAAAUGAUUACUACAAAAAGUGUAGAAUCCUCUGGGAACAAAUGAAUGAACUCAGGCCAUUGCCGAUCUGCAAAUGCGAUCCUCGCUGUGCAUGUGACCUCCUCGAUGAAAUUCGAAGCGAACGGGAGGUGAAUCAGAUAAUCAGGCUCCUGCAAGGAUUGAGUGAAGAUUAUAACAGUCUGAAAUCUGGAGUGCUUAUUCUAGAUCCUUUGCCUGACAUGCACAUAGUCUUUGUAAUGGUCGAGAAAUUUGAGAUGCAACUAAACAUCACAAAUUUGAGCUUAAGUGGAUUGGAGGCUACUCAUGCCAAUGCUGUCUCAUCAAAUUCAAACACUGCGGAUGAGGCAAUAGCUGCAGCUAUCAAUCAGUACAAUGUGAGGAAGAAUUUCACUCAAAAUACUGUGAAUAGAGCCAAAUGUACCUUCGGUGGCAUGAACAGUCAUACCGUCGAAAAAUGCUACAAAAAGCACGGGUAUCCACCGGGGUGGAUACCAGCAGUGUCCCUUGUUCCAAAAUUCAGCAAAGAAAUCUCUCCUAAGCAAGGCAAGUGUUCAACCACUCACAUUAAUUCUAUUGCUUUGCAUUCUUCGAAUUGGAUUUUGGAUUCCGGUGCAACCGAUCACACAGUCUGUUCUUUGGAGUUCUUUGAGAAUUAUCAUGCUAUUGAGAACACAGCAGUUAACUUACCUAAUGGAAAACAAGCUCAGGUCGAUCAUAUGGGAGACAUCAGGUUUGCUGAUGGCAUAUACUUGAGAAAUGCUUUGCGCAUUCCAUCUUUUAGCUUCAAUAUCAUUUCUGUUAGCGGAUUACUUCACAACUCUCCAUAUGUGCUAACUUUUACCUCUAAUCAAUGUCUUCUUCGGGGGAGUCAUGGGAAGACGAUUGGUUUUGCUAAGGAAGAGAAGGGCCUAUAUUUGCUUCUUGAAUCACCAGAAAUAUGUUCUAAUCAGUCUUGUAAUAUUUUGCUAUGCAGUGUACUGCCGAAAUUUGGCACCAACGAUUGGGGCAUUUCCCAUUGA